CGGCGGCGGCGGCGGCGGCGGCGGCGGCGGCGGCGGCUCCGCACCCAGGGCUCCAGAUGGAAGGGGCGCCAGGUCCCGGGCCGGGCCUCUGCUGCAAGCCCGGCGGGCGGCUCGACAUGAGCCACGGCUUCCUGCACCACAUCCGACGGAACCAGCUCGCUCGGGACGACUACGACAAGAAGGUGAAGCAGGCGGCCAAGGAGAAGGCGAGGAGGCGGCACACGCCCGCGCCGACGCGGCCGCGAAAGCCCGACCGGCAGGUGUACCUGCCGCGCCACCGAGAUGGCUCUGUCCACCCAAGCAACCCAGACUGUGAGGAGUCCGGUGAAAGCAGCAGUAGUGGCGGCUCUGAGCCAGAGCCUCCUGGCCAUCAGCUCUUCUGCUUAGAAUUCGAGGCAGACAGCGGAGACAUCACGUCAGUUAUCGUGUAUCAGGAUGAUGACCCAGGAAAGGUGAGUGAGGAGGUAUCAGCACACACGCCUCUGGAUCCACCCAUGCGAGAGGCCCUCAAGUUGCGCAUCCAGGAGGAGAUUGCAAAGCGCCAGAGCCGACACUGACCAGGCUGGACUCGCUGCCCAGGGAGCUGGCCCCUAGUUCGGAGGUGCCAGGACCAGUCUGGGCUGAUCUUGAGACCCACCCACCCCCACCGAAAGCUGCCACGGUCACAGGAAAAGGGCAUUGCAGGAACCAUACCUGGCCACGUCCCUUGUAGCCAUUCUUUCUUUUGUGUUGGCCUACUUGACCAGACUAAUAUUCUGGAAUUUUUUGAGCUUUCUGUUUGGUUGGCUUGAUGUUCUGGAAGCCAAGACUCCAGAGAGAGCUGCGGUUCAUGAAGCCUUCUGCCAACGUGCUGCUUUCUUACAGAGAUCCCAUGCCUCAGGACACCUGGCCGCCGCUGCUCCGCCCAGCUCUGUGAGCUGUGUUCGUUAUAAUUCCUUUCUUCCACGCUUCUGCUCACUUCCGUCUGUGCUUUCCUAGAUCUUCUUUUUAGCUGUUUCUUCUUGUCUUUCCCUCAUCUUUUUGUCUCCAAAUCCAUCAGUUCUACCCCAUCCCCACCUCCCAACGUGACUAUGCACCUACAGCUGCUCAGGACUUUGGACGUGGGGGGCUCCGGAGGGUCUACCUUUCUGACAAGCACUCCCAGUGUUUCUGCUACCAAUCAAGUGGGAGAGCAUCUUCUUUGAGGCCCACUUGCAAUCAUGGCUCCCUCCCCUUCCACAGCUUUUGCAGGUUUCUCUCACACCCCACUGCUCCACAGGGUCUAGAUAAGGGGACUUAGAAAGAUGAUCCUGGAACUAAACUGCAAGGAUUUCUUGCAACAAAACCUGCCUUGGCUAGACUGUAGAGUUCCAGCUUCCAGAGUUGUCCCUAGCUCUGAACAGACCACCUUUUGCUCAGGCUAAAAGGGAAUUACCAACACAAGUUUGAAACUGCGUUUCCAAAUGUGGUAACAGUCUUGAGCGUACAUGCAAAGGGAAAUUCAAUAUUAGCAAUAAUUGCCUGUUUGGAACCCUAGUCGGGGGGGGGGGGUGUGCAGAACAUCACCCCAGAGGAAGUGAAACAAGAUUCUGUCACUUGCCCUUCCCCUCCUCUGUGCUUUCUCCUUUCCCACCUCUCAAGAGUAUAUAAACUCUUAAGAGACCCUGAGGAUCUCAGGAAUAUCACUGCUGUCACCUAAGUGAACAUUUUUCCUAAUGCAGGGUUAGGCUAAAGGCUGAAGUCCGUAAGAAGUCCUGUGCACUGCAGUUCCAAGCCACUUCCGUUUUCCAGCAAAUGGGCCUGACCCCAGUGACUUGAAGUCUGGGGUUUAAGUGAGCCUGUGAGCACUGAGACUUCAGGCCAAAGUCCCCCUGCGCCAGAGGUUUCUUCACAUCAGGGUCUCAAGAUCAGUGUGGCUGGUCAUUCAGAGCAGCUUUGCUCUUUAAGGACACUCGAGGGCGCUUUUGGUUUGUGCCCUACACCCCUGAAAAUCUACCAGCUCAGAAAUGGGGCAAGGCAGCUACUUUAAGUACAUCAUGAAAAUGCAGCAGGUCACAGCUUGCUGGGAAGGUGAGUGAGAUGGAUAAGUUAGAGGGGCCUGGUUGUGAAGGCACCCAGGGACUGGAGUGCUUCUGACCCACAGAGCCGGCCCAAGGUUAAAUGCCUUAAACCUGCCAGUCCUGGGCUCAGUCCUACUUUCAAAGGAAAAAGUCUGCCCUCAGUCAGCCAGGCUGGAAGUGCCUUUUGACUUACACGGUUAACUAACUAUGCUCCGGAGCCUCCUGGGUCGAGGAGAUGAUGCCAUGCUCUGUCCCCAGUCUCUCUGCAGCUCAGAGGACCAAUCACUUUAGUCUUCCAGCUCUUCAGCUGAUCUUCUGACUUGGAGAUAGGGUUUCCCUGGAACCUUCAGUUACUGAGCCUAGAAAUACUUUUUGGAUUCAUCAUCUCACAGCUGGAUGGCCUGGUUCUGGAUUUCUUAAGAGAACUUAGAAACAAGACCAGAAGAGGAGGCAGGGGGCAUGGCCCCUGAAAUUUUAGCCCCCAUCCCUGUUUUGUGAGAAGUGGGUACCUAUCCUAUCCUGUGUGUUUGUCACGUCGUCCUCACUCACAGGUAAGAGCCUGAUGGGAACAUCUUGCUUGUAAACUUUUUCUUGAGGGACUUGGCUUAUCAAGUGCAUAUAAAGUACUUCCCACUCAAGAAAGCAUUCUAAUUCUUAGCUAAUUUAAGCCACAUGACUAUAGAGCACUAAGCCUGGUACUUAAGUGAGACAUUGUCCUUCCAAGCGGGCCUCUUGGUGGUGUGAUUGCUGUUGCUCCAGGCGUGUCUGAAAUGCUUCUCUAGUGAUGGCCCUCAGCCUGCUGACAGCCUUAUUGCUCAGACUCAUUGCUUCUGCCACACCUCAUCCCAGUCCAAGAUGGUCCCUUCCAGUUUAUUUGCCAGCCUUGCCUCCCAAUGUCUUUUAGCUCUUUUUAAAAAUCAGCUUUUUGCCAUCAAGGAGCAUGUUCCAGAGCAUUUCUGAGAGGCCCUAGAGAUGCCCCAAAGAGAAUGUGCUAUUUGGUGCAGUGGCAACAGUGUUAGACUGGCUGGAGCCUUCCAGCAGGCUGCUUCCGAAUCAACACUCAUUUGACUAGAUGUGUUCCCAGCUGCUGGGGAAAAAGAAAGUCUGGUAGCCUGACAGGCACAUCUCAUGUUCACCCAAAAUGCAGCGUUCGUCCCUUACUGAGGGUAAGCCUUGGGUUUUAAGGCUUUGUGUUUCCUGGGCCGCAGUGGGAGAUGUUACAAAUAGAAGAAAGUUGGGAUUUGCAGGGGCUUUGGCCUGUGUGAGAGUCAACACUAAAGCUUGAGUUCCAGCCAGUUGGCAAGCAUGGAAGUCUUUGAAGAAUGUAAUGCAAGAAGGGAAAAGAAGAAUGUAAAGCUUUUUGUCCUGAGUGAGUAGGAGGCCAGCUCGUAUCACCAACAUGGUCAAUAACAAAUGCCUCUCCCUGUGGACAAGCCUCUGCAUGGCCCACUUUGAGGGGCACUGCCAUCUAGAGAUCAGCCCGUGGAGCUGGAAGAAACCCUCUGGGAUGGCAAGCAUCCAGCCUGCUGUGCAUUUGGCAGGGUCCGUGGAUGGUAGGGUCGGGAUCCCCAGCUGGUUCACAAAUGUCAGUGAGGCCUUUGCAGAUAGAAGAAUAAGGACAAACUGCUUUGCUACCUCUGAGCCUUCUUUGGGGAGAAUCACCGUGGAAUGUUGACAGUUGUCUGAAACGUUUUAAGCUCCCUUGUUGAAUUCCUGUCCUGUCCCUGCGGAAUCAAAUGACCAAGAAGCCAUAGGCACCCGCCCCAAAUUUCCCCAGCAGCUGGAGUGAUGCCAGAAGGGAAAAGAGUGAAUGGCUCCUCUACCUUCUUGGAGCCACCCGAAUGCGAGGCCGGUUGCACUAGUUGUGUUGUGUUAAAUGUAUAAAAAGCCAUACAUUCUUCUGUUUUCUCAUUUCCAAUGUUCUGUGUGGAUGAAUAAAGUGAAUUGUGCGAAUUAUUUGAAAAUCCUGGAAGGAAGGUACUUUUCAAAUACAGUAUUGUUUUUAACCAAUAAACAUACUAUUUUUGCCAA